AUGCAUGCUUCUUCUCUAAAUCAAAAUCAGCAAAAAAUGAAUGACGAAACAUCAAAAAGAUAUUUGCAGGAACUGAUUAUACAAAAACGUCGGCUAAUGUAUAUCGGCCAAGUGCAAUCCACAGUCUUUCAAUAUCUUGGAUUGUGGAGGCCACAAACUUGGAACUCACUAUGGAGAAUUUGGAUUUAUCGUAUUUACUCUAUCCUUAUGAUUACUAAUUAUUCUCUUUUUAUAUUUUCAAUGUUAACGUAUCUUCUCCGAGAUACUAGCAACAUUUUUAAUAAUAUGGAAACAUUAUUUCAAUUUUCUUCCCUUUUCACCGUUGGGAUCAAGAUGAUUACUAUUAUGGUAAAAAGGAAACCUAUCAUCGAUUCAACAUGUAUACUUUUGGAUAAACUCUGUCAGCCUCGAGAUUUGCAUGAGUUAAAAAUACUGCAAAGCUGCUCGAAAGUCUGCAGGUCAAAUACGAUUAUCUUGCAAUUUAUGUAUAUCGUUUCGGUUUUUUUGGUAUUAUUGACUCCACUGUCGAAGAGAAGCAACUUUCCACUUCCUUUCAAGAUUUGGAUCCCUUAUAGCAUAGAAUCCAGAUUUGCUUAUUUCUCUAUCUAUUUUUGCCAUGGAGUGGUAGGAAUUACGUCAGCUUUUAUAUCGGCUUCAGUUGAAAGUUUAGCAAUGGUCAUAAUGCUUCAAAUUUACGCACAAUUAGAAAUCAUCGUUCAUCGCCUGCACCUACUUCCACGAUUACGGAAAAAAGAUGAUUCUGAAUACAUGAUCUAUCAACAUGAGUCGAGGCUCAUGAAAGAUUGCGUUAAUCAUCAUACUCACACAUGCAUGUAA